AUGUUUUUUGAUAAAAGAAAGUUUAUUAUGCUUUUUAACCCAGUUAGGAGAAUACUUAAAGAAAAAUACUUCACAAAUAACGCACUUAAUAGAAAUUGGUUGGAUUCAUUUAGAAAUAAAUAUUGCUUUCGCCUCCGUUAUGCAGUUUUUUCCAUUUCUACAUCUAUUGCCUUAUUCGCCGGAUAUUGUUAUCAAAAUACAAACAAAAAAUUGAGUAUAAAGGGGAUAUCUGAACAUGAAAUUAAAUUUUUAAGUUCAAUAUCUAAGAACAUGAUAGUUAUAAAUGUAAUGAAAGGGACUAAAGUUAAUAGAAAUGCUUUUAUUAAAGAAUUAAUUAGGCAAAUUAAGAGUGAAGAAUUGAAUAAAUUGGAUAUUAAAAUCUAUUAUGUUGAGGAAGAUUUUUGCAGUAAAAGUGUACCCAAUGUUAGCCUUUAUAAGGGAUAUGGUAACAUAGUUUCUAAUAUUGAUUUAAAUUUUAGGAGCUAUGAUUCUAUUGAAAAAAUAAAAUCAUUCUUUAUUCCCAAAUCAGAGAAUAUAUUAAAUAAUCAUUCAUCAGUUGUCAAGAACAUAUCCUAUAAUACUUUUGAAAAUGAUGUAAUAAAUGCAAGUGAUAAAAACAACCCAUUAUUGCUUAUGUACUAUGAUGAUUACUGCUUAAUGUGUUUUCUUAUUAGACCAUUGAUCAAUUCAUUAGCGAACAAGCUGAGAAACUCAACAAAAAUACAAUUUGCUAGGUAUAACAUUGAAAGAAAUGAUUUGCACGAACUUUCACCCACAGUAAGAGCAACUCCAACAUUUGUAUUAUUUCGUGGUAGGCAAAAACCUGAACAUUGGGAUGAGUAUAGACCUGGCGAUUUAAUCAACAAAAUUGUUGGAAUUAAGCAUGGAGUUGAAAGUGAUAUUUGUGAUAACAACGAAUUGGCUGAACUUAAUAGGCUUGAGCAAAACGUUUUUAUCAGAUUUCAGUUAUUUACUAUACUAAACAUAUGGAGUUUAUAUCUAAUGGAACUACAGAAUACACUAAUCAGCACUCCAAAAGAUCAACUUGACAAAUUGAAUUUUAAACAGAUUGAAGAUUUGUUAUUUAUUUCACUAACAUUUUUUGAAGAUCGAAUUCUUUCAUCAAAAAACGGUGCUAAUUAUGGCGGAGUAAAUUUGGGAAAAGUAAUAAGUUACGAUAAAAUCAUUGAGAAACACAAUUUUCAGGAGAUUCUUUUGGAAAACGUCAAAAAAGAUAUGAAGAGAUCAGAUACAAUAGAGGAAAAUAUUGAACAUCUUUUGGACGAGAUUAAGGGAUAUUGCAAUGAUUACUUAGCUAUAAAGAGUCUGAUUGAAAAGAACUAA